AUGGCAGCACCAAACACCAUGCACAACCUUUCGACGCUUAUCAAGCGGCUCGAGGCGGCGACCUCUCGCCUCGAAGAUAUUGCUACCAGCACCGAGAUACCCCGGGAUAUGCUUGCGCUGAGCCACCACGACUCCUUGUCGUCAGAUGCCCCGGCCCCUCCGAUGGCUCCGCCCGCCACCGGCCAGGCUCAACUGGAGACGCUUCCAGAAUCCAUUGAGGAGUUCGACCUCUUUCUCGGCUCGUCGUUGGUGAAGUACAGGAAGCUCAGCAGCCAGCUCGGAGGUGCCGUGUCCCAACAGGCAGCCGAGGUUCUCAGGGGUUUCCAGGAACAGCGCAAGUUCCUUCUCAUCACGAGUAUGGCUUCCAAGCCUGACUUGCCUGUAUAUCAGAGCCUUCUCAAACCGAUAAACGAAAGCCUCAUCGCCGUUGCCGAUCUUAGGGAGAACAACCGACCCGACCCCAUGUAUACCGGCUUAAGCGCCGUCGCUGAUGGCAUCAUGAUGUUGGCGUGGGUCACCGUCGAUAACCGGCCCUACAAGCAUGUUGAGGAGUGCCUCAGCUCGGCCCAGUUCUUUGGAAACCGAGUGCUCAAGGAGCAAAAGGACAAGGACCCCAAACAAGUCGAAUGGAUACAGUCCUUUUACCAGAUCUUUCGAGACCUCGGCGACUACAUCAGGCGAUACUACCCGUCUGGAAUUACAUGGAAUCCCACCGGAUCGUCAGCCCAAAAAGUUGCCGAGACACUUGCUUUCCAAGGUUCAUCGCCGGCUGGAACCAGUGCCCCGCCGCCGCCGCCGCCGCCACCUCCACCUCCACCUGGACCGCCGCCCACGCUCGACAUCAAGGCGGAAGCCGCACCGGGUACCACCACGUCCGGAGGCUUCGGCGCUGUGUUCUCCGAUUUGAACAAAGGCGCCGCCGUGACCGAAGGCCUGCGCAAGGUGGACAAGUCGCAGAUGACGCACAAGAACCCGUCUCUUCGCGCAAGUUCGUCGGUGAGCGAGCGAGAGUCAAGUGCCCGAGCCAAGAGCCCGGCGCCAGGGAAGAAACCUAAACCAGAGAGCAUGCGGGCCAAGAAGCCGGCCAAGAUGGAGCUGGAGGGGAACAAAUGGACCAUCGAAAACUAUGAUAAGGAGGCGCAGCCGCUCGAAAUUGAGGUUUCGAUGACGCAGUCGGUGCUUAUCAGCAGGUGUAACAACACGACCAUCAUACUCAAAGGCAAGGCGAACCAGGUUACCGUCGAGAACUCAACUCGGCUCUCCCUCGUCAUCGAUUCGCUUGUCUCGACGGUUGAUGUCGUCAAGGCGCAGAACUUUGCGCUGCAAGUCCUUGGAAGCAUCCCCACGGCCAUGCUCGACCAAGUUGAUGGUGCGCAAAUGUAUCUCAGCAAGGAUAGCACCAGCACCAAACUGUUCGCCAGCAAGUCGUCUGGUAUCAAUCUGAACGUCAUUUCCGGCCCCGACGACGACUACAAGGAGGUUGCGCUACCCUUCCAGAUUUGCUCAUAUUUUGAUGAGGCCAAGGGCGAUCUGGUCAGCGAAAUUGUGGAACAUGCUGGAUAA